CACAGAUAUGUUUAUGGUUAAUGUUUGAGUGAUUUGUCUGCAAUACUAAAUGUCGUACUAAUAUUUUUGAGUUCAUUAAUAUCAGAAUGGCAGAAAACAGAGAAGAAAUUCUAGCAAAUUUUCAGGGUAUAACAGCCAUUGAAGAUUUAGCAGAGGCAAUAUACCACUUAGAGGAAGCAAAUUGGGACUUAUUGUCCGCCAUAAACCGAGUGAUGCCACAAGAUGGAAACAGCUCAGCAGCAACCCAGCAGACUGAUGACACUCAUGAUGUUGAAAUGAUAGAUGAUGAUAUAUCUGUGAUAACUCCAAAAACACACCCACCAGAUCGGGAAGAUAGCAAUCAGGCUUCCACUUCGUCUCCUAGAAAUAAUUCGUCUGAUAUGGUAGAGCUACAAGUUCACUUUAAUAAUAAAAUACACGAAAUAAAAAUGUCCGGCGCGGCAACAGUCAGUGAUUUAAAGAAACGGCUAGAAUCAGUAUGCGGUGUGCCAGUCUGUCGACAACAGAUCUCCGGCAUGGGCGGCUCUCGAGCCACGUCUUCCGCUACCCUUGGCAGUCUGGGACUGGCUGCAAAUGCAGUGCUCAGGCUUAAAGCUGCCGACCAACUCAUGGCGGACGAUGAGGCGGCGGACCGGCUAACAAGAUCGUACAUACUGUGCAUUAAACACGACGACAAAGACUACACACUCACGUAUCCAGGCACCAAGACAGUGCAGGAAGUCAAGAACGAUAUCUACUCGCUCACAGACAUACCCGCACGACAUCAGAUGUGGACGGGGUGGCCUGCAGUCUCGGGUCUAGACGGCACAAUCCUCGCGAUGGUGGGUUUGGACCAACCACAACAUCAGCUUACAGUCAAACGAGCGCCUAGCAAUAGUAAACAGAAAGAAUACGAAAGGAUAAUACUAGAAAGUUCAGAUAGUGAAAACAGUUCAAUAGAAGAAAUAGAAGAUUCAGCCGAUACGUUCACUGGCGAAGAUGAUAUAUUUGUAGAUCUGGUACACCCGGAGAGGUUACAGCCGCUCAUGUCUGAUCACGUGGAGGACGAAGUGCUGGGCUGCAUAGAGUUUGCGCAACGUUUCCGCACGCGAUAUGGACCGAACACACCAAAUUUCUUCGAGGGCACACUACAAGAUGCAAUCAAAGAGGCUUGCCUUAAGCCUGCCAAAGAGAGGAAGCUGCUAGGGUUGUACCUGCAUCAUGAGCAGUCGGUGCUAUCGAAUGUGUUCUGCGCGCAGCUGUUAGGCUGCGAAGCUGUGCUACAAACGCUCGCCACAAAUUUUGUUGUCUACGGCUGGGACCUCACACACCCAGACAAUAAUAACAUGUUAUUAAAUUCAAUGACGAAUGCAUUAGGACCGGUUGCGAGUAUGACGAUACGGAGCAUCCCGAUGGACCGGUUGCCGGCCCUAGUCAUUAUUAUGAGAGUUCGGUCUAACACUGAAAUAUAUUCAGUUAUUAAUGGAAACGUGGGCGUGUCGGAGUUGCUGGGCGGGCUGAUGGAGGGUCUGGAGCGGUUCGCUUCGUUACGAGACAUGGACGCGAAGGCGGAGCGCGAGCGAGACGCGCGGCAGCGGGUCAAGCGCGAGCAGGACGAGGCCUACCAGCGCAGUCUAGAGGCCGACAGAGCAAAAGAAGAAAUAAAAAAACAACAGGAACUAGAAAGAAAUCAAGAAUUAGAAAGAGCUGAAUCAGAACGACAAUUAGAAGAGGCGAGGAAAGAGGCGGCGCGGAGCGAAGCUGCAGCCCGAGUGCCCGCGGAGCCGGCGGCGGCGGCGCGGGACGUGGCGCGGAUCAGGGUGCGCCUGCCGCCCCCGCACCACGACCUGCUCGAGCGGCGGUUCCAGCCCCACGACACGCUGCAGGCGCUGUUAGAUUUUCUCGCAUCAAAAGGAUACCCACAAGAAAAUUAUAAAGUUAUAUCUAGCUGGCCUAGAAGAGACUUAACAACAGAAUCUCAUAGCAGUACACUGCAGGCACUCAAGUUAUACCCUCAAGAGACAGUGAUGCUGGAAGAGCGGUGAAAGGCGUCGCUGGCCGUCGCCCGCCCGCCCCCCGCGCCCCCACCGCCCUCGUCGCGGCCAACCGAAACCAAGCCUUACUCCACAAACAUACCAUUCAAUAUUCUAUGACCCUAUAUCUUAUAAUCUCCAAGUUACGUACCUUUAUGGUCUUAUACAAAAUAUAUUUAAAACGUUCUCAUAGCACACGUGUAAAAGGUAACAUUUUUUAGUACAUAAUUAUCGCAACCACAAACAUAUUUAAUAUUAUAUGAGAUAGUGACUCUGUAUGAGUGAUGUCGAAGUUCUUGUAAUAUGGUAACACAGAAAAUAAUCAGAAUAAAUAUAAUAUAAUAACAGUAAGAAAUCUCGAAAACGGAAUUUAGUUGCGCGUUAAAUUUUUAUUCAGCAGUGUUUCAAUUUAAGCUGUCUAUAAACAGAUACUAUGUAACCUUCCUUAAGUAUGUGUUCAACGUCUAAUAAAGGCAAGUUUUACUUUAUUAUUGUGACGGUUUGUGUUCAAAUUUGAAAUACUUACCGUAAUAUAAAUUGGUCCCUAUUUUAUUGUAUAUAAGGUUUAUUAUGCAUCACAAAACCAAUACUUUUAUUUAUUGCUGCAAGAAAUAUACACAGCAGUGUGAAGUUAGAUCAGCUAACUUCAUUGUUUGCUACAUUUAUUUCCGUCGUAGCCUCGAUGAUUUACUAUAUUUAGUUAACACUUAAUUAUUACAAUAAAUACGAAACUGUUUUUAUUGAAAGUGCAAUUUAUUCAUUACUUUAUUUACAAACUUUUAGACAUUUUAUUAUUAAGUCAUUUUGCCAUGAUUGUAUAUGCAUAAUAAUGUAAUCUACAUACAACAAUUAGUGGAUUUUAUACUGACGACUGACCUAUCAUUGAUUGUAAUAUUAGAGGGUAGACUUAGACAUAAAUGAUACUUGCCAGAGAUUCGGUAAUAAUUUGGUCUGUCGCUAGCUUUAGAAUUUUAUUCAAGUGUUCAAUGAAGAAAUAAAAAUUACAGUCCGGCCGCUCAGAGUUUGCGUUUCAGAC